UUAGUUUUCCUUUACCGAUUUAUUUACCUUUAGUGUGAGAUUGUUCAGGAAUUCAGGUAGGAACUUGGUCCCAUAGUCGUCCGCGCCUCACCAAAUCGGAUGGUGGUACCGUAUUCUGGGUUGGUUUGUUUGCUGAUAGAAACUUGCAUUCUAGCGUGACACUGAACUUUCUACUCCUGAAUAUGUGAAGCGGUGCAUCCAUGUUUUGUUUGGGUCCAAGGUGAAGGUGGGAACAUGUAGGACUGCAAAUUGGACAGCCAGUCACCCUUGAUCCGUGAGAACCAGGGCUGGCACCAUGUCCACACCUGCUCGGCCAGGCAGCUUGGUCGAGAAUUCAGGCUUGCUGCUCCUCUCUCAGUCGUUCCUGGUGUGAAGAACUGUAGCAUCAUAAUUUAGGAUAGGGAUAUCAUGCUGUCAUCGUCUAAGCAGGACAGCUCGUGGAGAUUAGAUCAUCCACGGGGCUAUCAUCUUAAAAGCAAUAUGCGAGUGUGGUCAUUUUCUCCUUUUUCUUCCGGGACCAUGGGUCGUCGUUACUCACUAGUUGUGUAGAAAAUUACAUAUACUAGUUUCUUUUUUCCGAAAAAUAUAUACUAAAAAGCUAAAGUUAAAUAUCUAUUGCCAUGCCUAUAAAUGAGGGUGCCAAGCAGCUAGUUACUUGUAGCUACGGCCGUUCUACACCCAAAUCAGACAGGAUUUUAAUGUUUCCUUUGCAGUUCAGAUGACACAAUCAUGCUGAUUUUGGGGAUGUUUGUGCAACCGUCAAAUGCUGGCAGGAUGAUGGUGGUGGACAUGAACUCAAGAAAGACAGUAGGCAAGUCCUGAGAGAGGGAUUGAAGUAUAAUUGGUUAGAUCUUCAACAAAGGCAGCUAGCCAGCCAUGAAGAUUACUACAAUCAUGCAGUUAAUCUUGGGGUUCAUUGUUUGCAACGGACAUGUCAUCAUCUGUGGCUCCCUGUAUGGAAAUGAGACAGACCAAUUGUCACUGCUUGAAUUCAAGAAUGCAAUCACCCUCGAUCCAAAGCAAUCCUUGAUGUCCUGGAAUGACAGUACCCACUUUUGCAAUUGGGAAGGUGUUCAUUGCAGGAUGAAGAAUCCAUACCGUGUCACUUCUCUUAACCUUACAAAUCGAGGUUUAGUCGGGCAAAUCUCUCCUUCACUUGGAAAUCUAACAUUCCUAAAACAUCUACUCCUACCAACAAAUGGGUUUACUGGGACAAUUCCUCCAUCCCUUGGUCAUUUGCAUCGCCUUCAAAACCUCUACCUGAGCAAUAACACACUGCAAGGGAGGAUACCUAGUCUGGCAAACUGUUCCAACCUCAAGGCCCUAUUGCUGGGUAGAAAUCAACUAGUUGGGCAAAUUCCUGCAGACUUGCCUUCUUACCUUCAAGUGCUGCAACUUUCAAUUAACAAUCUUACUGGAAUCAUCCCUGCUUCUCUUGCCAACACCACAUCGCUAAACCAGUUUAACGUUGCGUUUAAUAAUAUUGAGGGCAACAUCCCGAAUGAGAUUGCCAAGUUACCUGCGCUACAUAUUCUGAACGCGGGUAGCAAUCAAUUGACAGGCAGGUUUCAACAAGCCAUUUUGAACCUUUCUACUCUUGUUACCCUUAUCCUUGGUCCAAAUCAUUUAAGUGGUGAGGUACCAUCCAAUAUUGGUAACUCUCUACCCAGUCUCCAACAGUUCGCAUUAGCCGAUAACUUCUUUGAUGAAAAAAUCCCAUCUUCUUUGAUCAACGCAUCCCAGAUACACAUUUUUGAUAUAUCAAAAAAUAAUUUCACAGGUUUGGUGCUUAGGUCCAUUGGCAAACUUUCUGAACUCACAAAGUUAAACCUUGAGUUCAAUAAACUCCAAGCACGUGAUAAGCAAGAUUGGGAGUUUAUGAAUAGCUUAACCAAUUGUACUAAGCUAAAUGCCUUCUCGGUAGAGUGGAAUCAUCUAGAAGGCCACAUACCAAGUUCAUUAUCCAACCUUUCCAUUCAACUUCAACAUCUAUAUUUGGGGCGGAAUCAAUUGGAAGGGGAUUUCCCUUCUGGCAUAGCAAACCUUCCGAACCUGAUUGUUUUAGGAAUGAAUAGCAAUCAAUUUACAGGUGCCAUUCCCCAAUGGCUAGGAACUCUCAAAAAUUUGCAAAUACUAGCUUUAGCUGACAACAUCUUUACAGGGUUUAUUCCAUCCUCCCUUUCCAAUUUAUCUCAAUUGGCAUAUCUCCUUCUAGAAUCGAACCAAUUUGUUGGCAACAUACCACCAAGCUUUGGAAAGCUUCAAAACCUUGCAAUAUUGAACAUGUCCAGCAACAAUCUUCAUGGUUUAGUACCAAAGGAGAUCUUUAGAAUUCCACCACUAAGGGAAAUUUAUUUAUCCUUUAACAACUUUGAUGGACAACUUCCUACCGACAUCGGUAAUGCCAAACAACUCACAAAUCUAGAACUCUCUUCAAAUAGGCUAUCUGGAGAUAUUUCUAGCACUUUGGGUGAGUGUGCAAGUUUGCAAGAUAUAAAGUUGGACUGGAAUGUUUUCAGUGGAAGCAUCCCCACUUCGUUACGCAAAAUAAGUAGCCUAAAAAUUCUCAGUGUCUCUCACAAUAACAUUACUGGGUCAAUUCCAGUGUUUCUUGGCAACCUACAAUACCUCGAGCAACUAGAUUUGUCAUUCAACCAUCUCGCGGGGGAGGUCCCAAAAGAAGGAAUCUUCAAGAAUGUGACUGCUCUGCGGAUUGAAGGAAAUCAUGAGCUUUGUGGUGGGGCUCUGCAGUUACACUUAAUGGCAUGUUCUGUUAUGCCUUCAAAUUCAACAAAGCACAAGCUGUUUGCUGUACUCAAAGUGUUAAUCCCAAUAGCUUGCAUGGUCUCACUUGCUAUGGUCAUACUUCUCUUAUUGUUCUGGAGGGGGAGACAUAAGAGAAAAUCCAUGUCUUCACCAUCAUUUGAAAGAAAUCUUCCCAAAGUUUCUUUCAGUGAUAUUGCUAGAGCAACAGAGGGGUUCUCAACAUCCAGCAUUGGAAGAGGGAGGUAUGGUACUGUGUAUCAAGGAAAACUAUUUCAAGAUGGAAAUUAUGUUGCCAUAAGUGUCUUCAACCUGGAGACAAGGGGAGCACCAAAUAGCUUCAUUGCAGAAUGUAAUGUCUUAAGAAAUGUGCGGCAUCGUAAUCUGGUUCCUAUACUAACCGCAUGCUCAAGCAUUGAUUCUAAUGGCAAUGAUUUCAAAGCUCUAGUGUAUGAGUUCAUGCCUCGAGGAGGCUUGCAUGGACUACUGUACUCAACUCAAGACUAUGAGAGCUCUUUUGAUUUGAUGCAUAUUACAGUAGCUCAAAGGCUAAGCAUUGUUGUGGAUAUAGCAGAUGCACUGGAGUACCUACACCAUAACAACCAAGGAACUAUUGUUCAUUGUGAUAUGAAGCCUAGCAACAUUCUUUUGGAUGACAAUAUGACAGCUCAUGUUGGAGAUUUUGGUCUUGCAAGGUUCGUAGUUGAUUCAACGGUAUCAUCAUCUGAUGACUCAUACUCAGCCUCUUCAAUGGCGAUAAAUGGAACUAUUGGAUAUGUUGCUCCAGAAUGUGCAACAGGUGGUCAUAUUUCAACUGCUAGCGAUGUCUACAGCUUUGGAAUUGUUCUAUUUGAGAUAUUCUUACGGAAGAGGCCGACAGAUGAUAUGUUCAAAGAUGGACUAAACAUUGCGAAAUUCGUUGAAAUGAAUUUUCCUUCCAGGAUAUCAGAAAUUAUUGAACCUGAAGUACUUCAAGAUCAGCCUGAGUUUCCUGAAGAAACUCUAGUAGCCAUGAAGGAAAAUGACCUGGACUGUGUAAUUUCAGUGCUAAACAUUGGGCUCCGCUGCACCAAGCCAUACCCGAACGAGCGCCGCAACAUGCAGGAAGUGGCUGCAGGGCUGCAUGGAAUCAAGGAGGCUUAUCUCAGAGGGUGCUAAGUUUGCUGGCAGGUACGUUCUUGGAAAAUGAACAUUGGGAGUAAAUCACAACGUGCUGGGUGGGCAACACGCUCUGCUUGUGCCGCUCCUCAAGACAGGGCUUCCUCCCUGAUGUUGGUCUUCCAUGCUGUUUGGGUGAUGGACUGUUUAAUUCGGGAUAUCCUCUUGACUCUUUGUUGUUCCUUUUUUGUGUGGAAUCAACCAACGUUUAUUAGUAGUUUGAAUUAAGGUCACAUGGUUGGCAUGUUGCUAGUACUAUGUAAUAUUACCUCCUAUCUAGACAAAUUUAAGACAAGUAAUUCAGGGCGGAGGGAGUAUGAUGUAGUUGUACGCCCGGGCAAGUAUUGUAGAGCUGGCAACUAUUUCUUACAGCCUAAA